ACUAGUGUGUAUAAUAACUUUAACUGUGUGUUAUUUUGACAUGUAAUUUGUACAACCACUUUAUUUUAUAGCUAAAGUUUGAAUAGCAUUAGCCACAUGCUACAAGGCCUCUCAUCCUCGUGUUUUCCUGAUGGCGAAAACGGGAAACUACUAGUAAGGCGUUCACGUUGAAUAGCUAGACGUCGACACAUAGUAGCGAAGUUGUUGUGGUAGCUAGUAGUACAACGACUAAACAUGUAGUGUAAUGUUAACCUAGCAAGAGUGUCGUCAAAAAACCGUUUGUUUUUCUAUCUGGUGGUGUCGUAGUUACCCAUGUAAAUACACAUGAAGAUGCCUCUAAAAAGUGCUGCCUGCUCAGCGACUUGCCAGUCAACGUCCGGACUAUAGUAGUUACUCGUUCAACAGUUUUAUUUUUGGCGUAACGUUAGUGGUUAAAUCACACAUGUAUUGUAAAUACCACACAUUGAAUAUAGCUAGAUAUAGCUACAUUUGACUGUAACGUUGAUGUUAUCAGAUAUACUAACUUGUCAAUAUUGCACACUGGUCUAUUUUUACAGGCUUGCAGAGUCCCACAACUGGGUCGUGGGUCUUUCCAAGCUGUUUGUCUUCAUUGUGUUUUGACAGAUUGAUAGGAAACUAUCCCAUUUGGUUUGGUAGAAAUCAAAAGGAUGAGGAUUGAAGUGUAGGUAACGUUACUUUUCCGGAGGUCAGUUUCUUUCAUGCGAUUGAAUAACAUUGAUGGAUAUCUGCAACAGAGAAACUAAUCUCAACAUGACCAAAUGUUAGAUCAGAUAAAACAUUGUAAUCAGUGAGUCCAGAUGUCAAACCCCUCUUAAUCUCAGUGACAAAUCGUUACUUUGGCGUUAAUCCCAUACUUUGUAAUUUCAUAUCCACGGUGGUAACGUUAAUAUCCAGUGGCAACCAGCUUUCAUGUCCAAUAUUUCACCUGUCAACUUGCAUGGCUCUUCCUUUGUUUGGAAAAGCAAUAGCUGAGGGAGUCAGUUAAGUCGAGACACCCUUCCUCCAACCCUGCCCAUGUCAGUCAAACAGCUGAUUAUUACACAAUGCAGGGCUGUAGUAAACUGGGACAUGCCCGGGCAUAUCCAACUCUAGCGGCCAGCUCAGCACUAAGGGUGGAGGCGGAUGCACAGACGCAGGGUGGCCGCUAGGUGUGCUCGUCAUAUGUUAAAACAUGUUACGUGAGGUUAGUCAUCUAGUUUCAACCAUACGCCGGCUGCGCCCAAUAGCAUCCUAGCGUUAACAGCCGGAGCAGUGCUAGUCCUGACAUGUCUCUGUGCCUAUUUAAAUCCGGGGGAGACGGGGAAGUGGUUCCUAAUGCUACCAGCCGAGCUGAAGCACUUUAUGUACAGAAUAUGAAGGGUGUAUUAUAGAGGGGGUGUAUCAAGAACAUCUCAUUAGUACUUCUAUUUAUUUAUUUAGGUGAAAGACAGAAUGGCAGAGAAUUGUGAGAGAAUGUCAGAAUGGCAUAGAAGUAGUUCCCAAAUAAAUACGUUGGACAACGAGAAACUUGUACGACCUAAAGAGAAACUGUGCGUGUUAUUGCAGCAGGCAGGUGCAGACAAAGACGUUUUCACCAUGAAAGAGGUGAUAUUCUACCUGGGCCAGUACAUCAUGAAGAAACAGCUUUAUGACAUGAAGCAGCAACACAUAGUGCACUGUGCUGACGACCCCCUGGGAGCUGUACUGGGAGUGGACAGCUUCUCUGUUAAAGAACCACGAGUUCUCUUCGCUAUGAUCACACAAAAUCUCCUAGCAGUGAAAAAUCAAGAAUCCCAAUCUGUCUUCACGGAACCCAGGAGCCAGAGUGAACCGGAUAGAGGGCCUAAGGAGACAGACUCAGACUGUCAUUCAUCAUCUACCUCAGAACGCAGGAGGAGAAGGAGGAGUAGUGACCCUGAGGGGACGUCGUCGACACAAGAGGAGGACGGGUGUGAGUCCAGGAAGAGACACAGGUCAGACAGCUUUUCUCUGACCUUUGAUGACAGCAUGUCCUGGUAUGUGAUUGGAGGCCUGAGACGAGACCGGAGGAGCAGCGAGUCUUCAGACUCACACAGUAACACUGAAGUCGGUUCAUUGGUCAGUGACGCAUGUGACGAUGUUCUGAGCCAGGAUCUGGGCUCAGACUCUGAUAACUUCAGCGUGGAGUUUGAGGUGGAGUCCAUUGACUCGGAUGCCUACAGCGAUCCUGAAGAGGCUUCAGUGUCUGGAGAGGACGAGGUGUAUGAAGUCACCAUCUUCGAGGAGGACUCGUUCGACGACGACACUGAGAUCACGGAAGCAGACUACUGGAAGUGCUCAAAGUGUGAGGAGUUGAACCCUCCCCUCCCCCGAAACUGCAACCGCUGUUGGACGCUAAGAAUGGACUGGUUUCCCGAUUCUGACAGCAACUCUGCUGCCCCCAACCUCAAACCCUUACCCCCCAAGCCUACCCCAGCCCCGACAGAGCCCGACGAGACCGAAGGUCUGGAUGUCCCAGACGGGAAGAGAGCCAGGUCGCCCCUUCCCCUCCUCAAAGACUCCCAGGAAUUGAUGUCUGUCUCUGGCCCCGAUUCCCAAGACUCAGCCUGCUCCUCCCAGCCCUCCACCUCUUCUUCGAACUCCAACGGCGUGGGCUCAGGCUCGUCCUCUACUAGCGCCCCCUUCAGUCAAGAAGUGAUGGCACCAGACUUGGAGCGUUUCAACAGCCUGGAGGCUCACCUCCCCGCCAGCUGCCUGGAGCCCUGCGUCAUCUGUCAGACCAGGCCCAAGAACGGCUGCAUCGUACACGGACGCACUGGGCACCUCAUGGCCUGUUACACCUGCGCCAGGAAGCUGAAGAAGAGGAACAAGCUGUGUCCGGUCUGCAGGCAGCCUAUCCAGUCUGUCGUCUUAAUUUAUCUCAGCUGAGGACGGCUAUCGGCUAGACUGUGCAUUCCAAAUAAGCAGUCUAUUCCCUUAUGUAAGUGCACUACUCUCAACCAUGGCCCCAAUAGGACUCUGGUCUAAAGUAGUGCACUAUUUAGGGAAUAGGGUGUAACCCAUAGCUACACAACUCCCUGUUCCUCAAAAACAACUUAAAUCCUGAAUGAAUAAAUAAUGUUUUAAUUUUGUUUAUUUGGAAGUGAUUUUAUUUAUGAACUCUAUCAAACAAGGUACCUGUUGUUGUGUUGAUUUGGGAUUGAUUUCUAGUGUUCAGUCAAAUAGCCUUUCUAGUUUUUGAAAUUUAUCAAAUUCUCUUAGUGGUGAAAUAUUCAAUAUAUUUUAUUAAAUAAAGAAUGUUUAGCAAAUUAACAGAGA